AUGAACAUUCUCGAAGAGAUUAUCGAAAAGGUUUUUAGAACUUUUUUAAUAUUGUUUAUUCAUUCUCCCUUGAGAGGAAGUUCGAUUAGAGCGGACAGAAAUUUAAAAUUUGAAAUUGGAAAAUAAAAUUUUCAGGCCUCUGCCAACCGUGUCAAAAACCAUCUGAACAAGAUUGAAUAUCACCAGGUUUCAUUUUUUUUUUUCUUAUGGGUUUCAAGAAAAUUAAAAUUUAAUUUAGGCACUUAUGCGAGCAUAUGAAGCUCGAGAUCGGGCGAUUAUGGGAGCCAAUUUUGACCGCGUCACUUUCUGGAGUACUGUCCACACGUUGGUUCUUAUCGGAAUUGGUGGAUUACAGGUUAAUUUUUUUUAACUGUUGGAAAAAAAAACUGAUUAUAUCCACGCAUGUUUGAGACAGUACUACGACGGCCGGUGGCCGGUCAAUAUUGCGCAGUCAGUUUUGGAGCCAGGAAAUAUUUUUAUUUUUCUUUCUUUUUUGCAAUUUGUUAAGGACCUAUUUCUCGAGGUUAUAAGGUAAGUUACGUCACAAAAAAUACACUUUCAUUUUAUUAUUGAAAAACCUAUCCAAACUACCGUAAUACGACCGGCCUCCUUAAACAGGCGUGUAUCUGCAUACUGUAGUUUUAGCGCACAGAACCACUUUUAAAAAGUUCAGUUAUCAGCCAUGAUUUUUGAAAGGAAUAUCUUUAACGAUGAAGCAUCUAAACCGUUUUUUUUUUGCCUGGUUACAACUCGAUCGAUGCAGCUUCAAUUUUUUUCAAUACCGCGAGUUUCUUCUUUUUUUUUGAAGGCCGUUCUGAUCUUGAAGUUACUUUUCAAAAAGAAAAUUAAAAAAGAAAGCAUUUCAUUGAAAAUUUUUAGGUUUACAUGAUCCGCUGCCUCUUCGAAGAAGAUUCCAAGGUUGGAAAAGUCCUGCGCAAGGGAAAAUUUGAUUGA